AUGGUUAGAUUGUGUGUGAUCUGCGGAAACGUCGAUGGUGUUGAUGGAGUUUCGUUGCACAGGUUUCCACCGAAUGACCGCCGCAGACGUCAGUGGGUGUUGAUUGUCGAGAACUGUGGUAUAAAUGCACAACAGAUUUUGGCCAACUCAAAAGUGUGCUCGAGACAUUUCGUACUAGGUCGUGAUUAUGAAGGAGAAAGACAAGAGCGGUGCCAUCUUUACUAUAACUAUUCAACAAUUGCUGCUAUUGUCCUUUAUUCGGUAGUUCAACCACUCCUUGAGAUUGCGACACCAGGCGGUCAACUGGAAGCAGAAGUGGCAAUCCCCGGUAACAACGGGAUGGAGAUAGAAGUUGUCGAAGUCCAAGUGGAAGACGUAAUGAUGCACCUAGCUGAAGAAGAAAUGCUACCAGAGGAAGUGGUACAAGAUGACAUUGAGUAUGUGGAUUUACUUUCUGCUGACGCAGAGGCAGAAUUUGAAUUCAGGGAUGCACUUGACGUUUUACUACCAGACGUCAAUGAAGAAUUCGUACCGAUUCCUCCUGUUGUACCGAGAGCACGUGCGCCCAUGAGAGACCGUCCGGCUGGCAUUCAACACGAACUUCCAGAUCGGCAUGACAUAGGACCAUUGAAUAUUGUCUGCCCACACUGUGGUGCCCGCCAUUUCUCCGGCGAGCUUACUUCAACGGGUCAUUUUUCUACGUGUUGCAAUAAUGGUCAAAUGGCUGUUACAGGAGACCGUGUUUUGGGUCCACCACCAGAGUUAUUAAUUCGUUUGUUGGUUGAUGAUUUGCAGGUAGCAAAACACUUUCGGAAAGAAAUCCGCCGGUACAACAACACUCUGGCAUUUGCGGCUUUCUUCACUGAUCUGAGCCCAAGACGUUUGCCUGGACAGGGACCAAGAGUAUUCUUCGUUCACGGGCAAGUGUAUCGUAGGAUUAGUAAUGAUGUUGUCAGAAAUGAACUAAUGCAACCAAGGUAUUGUGAGUUGUACUUUAUUGAAUCCGGGACAGCAAAUCACAUUCGCAUGGCACAACAGCCACGUGAACGACCACUAUUGGAGAACUUGCUUGCAGACUUAGACAGACUGUUGCGGCGAAUCAAUCCAUUUGCAGUGGCUUUCGAAAACAUGCGACAAGUAUGGCAAAGGGAACAAGAUGCUGCUGCAGCCAAUCCAAUGUUGCAACCGAAAAGGGUGACCAUGCACAUCGUCGCCGACCCGAACAAUGACCCACGGCGAUACAAUCAACCAGCUGCUCAUGUGAACGAGGUAGCAGUUGUCUUUGUUGGUGAAGAUGGUCUACCACCAGGGAAUCUCGAUCUGGUCAUCUAUGACUCAAACCCAGUUGACCCAAAUCACCGGAUGCAAAGCAUAUCAGCUGGCUCACCUCAUGCAGAUCCAAUGCUCUUUCCACGUGGAGAAAUCGGCUGGCAUUACAACUUGCAACAAGAGGGAGUCCGCCAGAACGCAGUGCGUGUUCGGAACUCUAUCAGAGAGUUUGCUUCUUCUCGCUUGGCCAUCAGAUACACAGGAACCAAUAGCAAUGGGAAUGAAGGCCAUACGUUUAGUUUAUUACACGCAGGUGGUUUUUUGUUACAGCCGUACAUAUGUGAUCAGUACGUUCGCGUGGAAGCGAACAAUCUACGUUACAUCCGAGACAACCAGAAAGCACUCUUUGCUGACGCCUAUCAAGGCCUUCUGGACCAUAUUAACCAACAGCUCCGCCUGGACGAAAUCGAUCCGGUCGGCCGCAGGACAAUUCUGCCUUCGACGUUUCUAGGUGGUCCUAGGUACAUGAAACAAUGUUACCACGACGCAAUGUCCCUUGUGCGUAAGUACGGAAAGCCGGACUUAUUCAUAACAUUUACGUGUAACCCUAGGUGGCCAGAGAUAGUAAAUAACAUUCUGUGUUGGUUGAAGGCAACCGACAGGCCUGAUUUGGUUGCAAGGGUGUUUCACGCAAAACUGAAGGAGCUAAUGCGUGACAUCACGGUUUACAAACAAACACGUUCACCGCCCAAGACCUUUUUGAAAAUCUUAGGACAAACCCAAACCUAA